AUGGUUGUAGUCGCGAGUUGUUUUCACAGAGAAGAUGUGAAUGAUGAUAGAGUCAAGGAGCUGAUGGAGUUGAUAAGGACUAAGCAUGACUUAAGUGACCAUGUUUGGGCUUUCGAAGAAACUGCAGAGUUUUCUCUGGAUCUGGAUGAUGAAGCUGCUGUGAAUGCUGGAGCAGCAGAGAGUGAUGAGGACUUUCACACUCCAAAUGGAUCAACUAGUGUAGGCGUUUCAUCAAAAAAGAGUAAGAAGAGGCUCCCAGAUCGUGGUAUGGAAAAAAGGAAACAUAAGGUUUUCUCAACUGAACCUAAGCAACCGGUUCUUAAUGAUGACAUGAAGGCUUUGGUGAAAGAGUUAUUUGAACAGAAUUUCAAUGCAAUGGAACUUAGGCUCCAGAAACAGAUGGAUGAGAAAUUUGAGACACUGCAGUCCGAGCUGAAAGGAUCGCGCAAGGAUGCUAGAGUUGAGCUCAAAGAUUCUGGGAACGAUGGACAGCCUACACCGACGAAGCCAUCGACGAGCCAGCCAGAGUUGAGGAGGUCCACUCGCGGGGAAGCGUCUCAUAGUCCAGCCGAUGGGAAUUUCAGUGAAGCAGAUGAUAUCUUCCGAGAGAUGGGUACGCAAGGCGUUGAAAGGCUGUCUCAGCCCUCGUAUGUGCAGGGUUUUGAUCCAUCUCAGACCUCUAAGGAAGAUGACUGGUGGACUCCGAUGACUUCAGUUAGAGGUUCAAAAGCUAAACAAAGCAAAGCUGUAAAGAUUGGUCCUUCAUUCUUCAAUUUGGCUGUAGCUACAAGGAUAAUAUGUUCUCCAGAAUGGCUUGGGAAUGAGGAAAUGGUUUCAAUUAUGUUUAUAUGGCGAGUGAACACAUCUUUCAAGCGUUGGACCCCAACCCGUGUUGCUUUCAUGCCCUCCAUCUUCUGCCUCCAAAUGGACACUGAAUUCAACAAGUUUGUCCUGAACAAAAAAGCUUAUGAAUUGCAUGAGUUUCUUAUUUCUUACGGCAGAGGAGAGCUUCCAGCUCAUGGGCGGACUGAUCAAGUCUGGGGUGUCGAUAUUGAUCGUCUCUAUUUUCCUCAGUUUGUAAAUGGUAGUCGUCGAGGAAGGAAUAGGCAAUACGUUGAGAAGUUUGCGGCUUUGAUUCCGUGGAUAGUGAAGGCCGUUGCACCACCUGAAAGCAAGAAGCAGCUACUCGUAUCACCAUAUUCUAUAGUAGAUGUACCGAUGACGGCGAGGUUGAACAAGAGUUGUGCUGAUUGCGGAGCAUACGCACUCAAACACUUGCAAUGCCAUCUCCUUGGUCUCGACCUCGGCAUAGUAGAUGACGAAAUCAUCCAGGGCUGCAGACAGAAGAUUGCUGUGGACUUAUGGGAAGCUUCACACGAUCCCAUCUUAGCUCAGGUUAUGACUCAAUAUGUACCUUCACCAUGGGAUAAGCCUGGUGUCUUUGACCUGUCAGAAGAUGACUUAUUAUGA